AUGCACGAUAGAGUCAGGGUCGACAAGAAAGCAUGGAGAAACUUCAUGCCAGGAGCUAAGACAGCAGCUUCAGAUGUGGCAAUGCAGCAGUUCCUUUGCUUAGGAGACUCGUCCUCAAGCCGCAUUGAGACUGUGGAGGAGGAAACCACUCUGCUUCCAAUGGCUGUGUUUGCCAAAAUCGGUGAUGUUGCAAUUCCUUGUGACCACCCAGAUGGCCUGGAGACUGUUGUCCUGGACUGCGACCAGACAGUGGCCGCUUCCGGGACAGAAGUGGUCUUCCCUUUGAGGUCUUCGCUGCGCAAGCACGGGGCAAAACAGCAAAACUGCCUUGAGGAGUGGUCACGUCGUCAUGAGCAGCUGCGCAAGGAGGCUUUCCUGCGUAUGCAGACCUUGCUCCAAAGCAGGCGGCAGCCACCUCAAGGUGCGACUUUCAACAACAUCCCUGGAUGCUACAAGAGUUCAAGUGAUGACCUCUGUGACUCCUCAUCGGAGGACCAUGCCAUGAAGGAUGUGGGUGAGACUGGUGGAACACCUGAUGUGCACUCGGGCAGCAGGUU